AUGAAGCAAUUCGAUGUACGUCAUGUCGCAAUGGGCGCACUCUUGCUUGCGACCAAGCAAGUUGAAGUGCCAGUGCGCCUGCGCGAACUGCUUCUAGUUUUCGACUUUCUGUAUCAGCGCGGGCUUCAUUAUGCCAAAAGUUCGCCUGGUGUAAGGACGAAGGAGUCGCAUGCCGGGGUACACGCUGUAGAGGCGAACCAAGAAAAGAAAGCUGCGCCAAUAUUUAAAUACCAGGCAUGUGACAGCCAUUCAACGACGAUGUAUGACGCUAAAGACGCCGUCAUGGUGGCUGAGAUGCAGAUCCUCAAGCGACUCGGAUUUCAUGUGCAAGUCGAACUGCCAUAUGCACUCAUGAUCAACUACAUGCAGGUAAUGGGUAUACUCGAAGUUCAACUGACAAGCACACGCGACCCAGAUACCAAGCUCCAUGCGCCACAAAUAGCUUGGAACUAUCUAACGGAUGCGCUCCAGACACCAGUGUACUGCUUAUUUCCAACACAUGUAAUCGCAUGUGCCUCGAUUUAUCUUAUGACGCUGCACCCGAACACACUCCAUGAACCACUCCCACUGCCGCUUCAACCGCGGCCUUGGUGGGAAGUACUAGACUGCACACGCAACGAACUUCGUACGGUUGCUGCCUAUAUCUUCCGACUGUACGACACAUCCACAGGCGGGACAUCGCGAGCUGGGCAUGGAUUCGCUGUGCGUGUGCGUGAGGACGAAGGCGGCCUGGUGGACAUUGCUAGUCGCACGGGAAUCCGCGCAUGGCUCGAGCAUACAGAAAAGAAUGCAUAA